CCCAGGGUCGGUGACUCACAUCUUGAGCCGUUGAAUAAUUCGGAUACCGAAGUCGAGAUCUAUGUAAUGUUUUUGAAUACAUUAACGUGUCUAUCGCUGCACUAUGCUAGACUUUACGCUCGAUCAAACAUCAAGACGAAUGCGCGAUCUCUCAGUUGCGCAUGGUGGGCAUGGUGAUCUGGACUCAAAAGGCGAUUGAUAAGUUGGUAUCGCUGUAUGCCACUAAAUGUCAAUGUAAUUGCGAGAUUAAGGUCAAUGGGUAUACAUAUAUUCAGCACAACGAUAGCGUGCAAGUUGCAUUUUUUGAGUCCUUACGACCUUGACCAAACGGUUUUUUGAAAUAAUUUUCCUUGUAAAGUCAUCGGCACAGCGCACAAAUGGCAAUUUCCACGACACCCGCAUGUACGCUGUCGAUCAGUAGCGUUUGUCUUCAUCAUCGGCGCCAGCGCGACGCGGAAGCUAGUGACUCGUCAAUCAUUCAAUUUAUGAUAUCGAACACACUCAAUCUUGUGCUUAUUCCAUCGUCGCGGUAUAAGACAUUAGCACCUGCCCUUUCCAAACAACACCAACGCCUUAAGCGGAUGAGUAAAUUAACCCGGGUGCAUUACUCAAAGUCAAGUAGUAAUCAAGCUCUUCCAUAUUCGAUGUCGCCCACUACACUCUUGAUGUAAUAUCUCGUUGGAAUAUGCUUGCUCUUCCUCACUUUAAUGUUCUCGACGUCAUUGACUAAUAUUUCUCGAUUUCUUUCGCCGAUGUAACUCAUUCGCAGCUACAUCACCAUAGCAACGCACUGGGAGUCCACAUGAGCUAAAAUGAGAGGAGUCAUUAGUUUGAAUAGAUCUAGGUUAUCAAGAGGCGACGCUGUCUCAAAGUAGUAGUAGAUCCAACGUUGGACCGAUCACGAUUUGCGUCUGGAACUUAACGUCCGUGGAGUUGCAAAAUAGUGAUCGUUCAUUUAUUAAAAUACAUCAAAU